UCCCACUGCAGGGCACUGCUGAGGAGCCACAUGGUCCAUCCCUGGAUUCUCCAAGCACUGACUGCCCAUCCACUCUGACCACAGCCAGGGCCACACCCCACUGCCUGCCCAGCAUCCAUCCAUGGAGGUGAGCACCGUGUCCCCUCUUUUCACCUCACCGACUGACACACCUGCUCAGUGUGAGAUCAAUGUCUCCAACAUGGCCAUAGACUUUAUGAUGCUGCUCGUUGGCCUCUGUGGGCUGGCUGGGAAUGGACUUAUUCUCUGGCUCCUGCACGUUAAUGCCAUCACCCACUUCAUCUCCAAACAGGCCAACGUUGACUUCCUCUUCCUCAUCUUCAUGUUGCCCUCCGCACUGCUCUUCCUUGUGGAGGAGGUUUCCUGCUCUGCUAUAAUGCCCCUGAUGUAUUUGAGCUUGCUUUUCCAGCUGUCGCUGUUCACCUACAUUAUAGGGCUGUACCGGCUGACAUUCAUCAGCAUUCAGAGAUGCAGAUCCAUCCUCUGCCUGGUAUUCUGUGGUUGCCAACUGUCCGAACACUUGUUGUGGGUGUUGAUGACUCCCCUGUUCUGGGUCCUCCUCUUCAUUUCCUUUGCUGUCAGUCCCACGGUGACUUCCCUGUGCCAGUCACACGAGCACGAACAAUGUCAGGUGGCUGUCACCUCCAUGUACACCCUCAACCUCUUUCUAUUUGCUGUACCCAUGGUCAUUUCCAGCACAAUCCUCUUCAUUCAUCUCAAGCCUAGCUCCCAGCAGCAGCCACACAAGAGGCUUGACAUUGUUAUCUUCCUCGUUGCACUCGUCAGUCUGCCCCUCAGUCUCUGGUUUUUCCUGCAGCAGCUCGGUUACACAGUUGUGUCCUCCCAGGCACUUUUCCUACUUGGCUGCAUCAACAGCAGCAUCAAACCCUUCAUCUGCUUCUUGGUGGGGAGCUGGAAGAGAGACUGCUCCAUGGGGAGCUGCUGGAGGUACUUCUCCGUGCAGUCCCUAAGGGAGGUGAUCCACAGUGUCUUUGGGGAGCCAGAAGAAAACACUGCCUGUGGAGGUGAUCCUGUUGUGAACACAGUUAUCUGAGCCUAUUGAUCCCUUCCACUGCACUGCUGAAGGACCCUGGGACAGUGGCUGAGA